AUUUCUAUAGCGUGGAGACACCGCUUAACUCCCGCAAUACGGGACCAAGAAUAGCACCCCAGAGCGAGUGAGUGAGAGCUAUGCUUCUCUAUUAUAAACUCUUGCCAGUCGUUGCCAGUCGUCCUAUAGUACAUAUUUCUAUUCUUCAUGGUCUUCAGUCCUCUUGAUUUCAGUGGAGGUCCCUGAUUCAGAAUUGUUGGUUAUUGUGGGCGAUGCCGAGCCGAUGUUGUGACUUUCAAGACAUUAAUUUACUGUGCUUUGUUGUGAAUCUUCAUUCUGAUAAGAUCAUCACAGAGAGUCUUCGAACUCAACUCAAAAGUAGCUACUAUGAGUUCGAUAUCUAAUGUUGAGAAUCUUUCUCCCCAAAUAAUCCGCAGAGUAGCCAAGGAAAUGACUGAGCUUGUUGCUCAACCCCCUGAAGGCAUCAGAGUUAUCAUCAACGAUGACGAUCUUACUGACAUUCAAGCUGUCAUAGAGGGACCUGCUGGAACUCCAUACACUGAUGGUCAUUUUAAGGUUAAAGUUGCACUUGGCAAAGAUUUUCCGCAAUGUCCUCCCAAAGCGUUUUUCCUCACAAAAAUUUUUCAUCCAAAUGUUGCAAAAAACGGUGAAAUAUGUGUCAACACACUGAAGAAAGACUGGAAAUCAGAUCUUGGAAUUAAACACAUACUAUUAACCGUCAAGUGCCUACUUAUUGUACCUAAUGCCGAGUCUGCCUUGAAUGAAGAGGCCGGAAAAAUGCUCCUUGAAAAAUAUGACGAUUAUUCAGAACGUGCUAAAAUGAUGACAGAGAUCCAUGCCCAAGCUAAUGAUAAAGGCAGUAAAUUUUCGCUUGAAAGCUGUACAUCUUCAGAUCUUGGCGGCCCUCUUCCCAAAAAACAUGCUGGUGAUAAAAAGCUAACAGCAGAAAAAAAGAAGAUGCUAAAAGAUAAAAAAAGAACGCUUAAACGAUUGUGAAGACCUGUUAAUAUGAUUGUGAAAAAAGUUAAUAUGUAUUUUUAUUUUUUUUUUAUACUGAACUUGAUAUUCAACGUAAUUCAUGAAGUUGUAUGCGAUGUGGUCGACAUUAGUUGAAUGUAUCUGUUCAUUUUUAGAAUGUGAAAAAAAAAAAACACAAUAUAAAUGAAGAGAAAUGUAUUAUUUAAUGUUGACUGAUUGUAUUGUUAAGUUAUGGAGCUGAUUAAUCAUCAAUAAGAGUGUAAAUUUUCCAAUUAGGUUUUUAAGGUCUGUCUUCGAUAGUUUAUAUAUUUAAAAGACCGUAUUGUUUUGCAAUUGUAUUUUUUUUUUCUGAAAACUUUGAAUAUUUUUACAAAUAAAUGUACAGAUAAAAUAAUACUAAAUAGUGGCUUUGAAAUAAAUGCUUUGAAAAAAAAAUAUACAUAGUAAUGAAUCAUUUUUAUCGGAUUUUAUAUAAGAAGGAAUAAGUACUAAAUACUUUAAAAUUACUAUUUCAUUUUUUAUUGACAACCUUAAUGAUUUUUACUUUUUUUUUUUUUUUUUUAAAUAUCAUAGUUAUUCUCAUUAAAAUGCAAAAUCACAGCCUUGUCUAGCUAUGAACGCUACAAAUGUUUGCGAUUAUAAACUAUUAAACAGAGAAAAAAAUAGCUACUCUAGAAUACAAAGAACAAACAGCAGCAUUACAUACUAAAAUAAUGAUUGAAAAUUAAUAAAUAAGAAGCGUUCAUGAUUGAGAAAGAUCUUGUAUUUUUUCUUAGUUUUUCUUGUUGCACAGAUACUUUUUACACACACAUGGGAGCAUACAGAAAUCAUACAUUACAAUAAUUCUUAUUUUUUUUCCGAGUUUUUACGUUUUCUAAUAAUUUGAAACAACGGAGGAUACUAA